AUGUUCCCGGAACGAUGUCUGAAAGCGCAAUGUUCGGUGGUGUUCCAUCCGGAAUGUCCAGCUGAUUCGCGGCAAGUCAUUCUUCCACCGCCACCUGGAGAAUGUUGUGGUCGACCGGGAACUUGUCAUUGCGACUUACAAAAAUGCGAGGCAUUCGUUCCGGUUUGUGAGGAAGGCAUGGAACGCGUGUUGGUCAAGGAGGGUGGAAAUCAGCCCGGAUCGUGUUGUGACGUGUUCGAAUGCCGGAAGCGUGAAGUCCAAUGCGAAUCGUUCCGAUGUCCGACACAAGUGUUCGAUGAGGACGAAGGCGUCGACUGCCCGCCCGACAGUAUUCGCCCUGCCGAGCAUGUACCACCUGGAAUGUGCUGUCCGAUUAGACCCGGAUGUCGUUGUCGAGCUGCUGUAUGUCGACCUGCAGUCUGUGAUGAGGGCAAGCGUCUCAAUAUCAUUCGAAAGGGUACUGGAACCCCAGGGCGAUGUUGCGAUGAAUGGACAUGCGAAGAUGAUCCGCAGCUUCUUUCAAAAUCGUGUAUACGCGAUGGGAAGACGUAUUCGGAUGGGCAAGAAUGGCACACUUCUUCAUGUGAAGUUUGUCGAUGUAAGAAAGGAGUCGCCGUGUGUAGCAAAAUGACAUGUCCCAAAACACCUGGUGAGUUUUCGUGUUUCCGAGGGUUUCCCACUCUAUAA